CCAGGCGGAAAAAUGUCACCUUAAACUGCAUUUCCGGUCCUCACAGGAGGGCCUGAGCUCCGCCGCACCAGCACCGCUUCCCCGGUAGCCCUGCACUGGUGGGAUUACCCCUUGGAUCAGAGUUGGCGACCUUGCUACGUGGGACGCGCCCAACGUGGCCAGAGCCACUGCAGAAUCCUGAGGCUGGCGGGAGGAAGUCGGCUGGGGGCGAGGCCGGCGAGACCGAGACCUCGGGUUGGAGCAGCAGCCUGGAAGAGACUUUGCGCGUUCUGGGUUCAAUAGUAGAGUAUCCAUAUGUCCACUUCCUAAUCUUGCAACAACAACAAAAAGGACCAGCCAAGAACCUGUCAUUCUGAUUUCAUUCAUUCCUGGGUUGUGAUACCCAUGAUAAGAAUCUAUCAGGGCCAAGAUCCGUUUUCCCAGACGUGAGAAUUGAACAUCCCAGAAAUCAAGACACCCUCCUCAAUGCUCAGGAGACCCAGGAUUCUGUGCUACACAAGUGAGCAACCUGAAAGCCAGGAAAUGGAACCCUUGACAUUCAGGGAUGUGUUCAUUGAUUUCUCUGAAGAGGAAUGGGAAUGCCUGGAUUCUGCUCAGCAGACUUUAUAUAGAGAUGUGAUGUUAGAGAUCUAUAGAAACCUGGUAUUUUUGGGUAUAUGUUCUCAUCAAGCCCAAGAAUUUGCACCAGAGCAGGAAAUAAAAUAUUUAUUCCAAAAUAUGAAAAAGGAAAGAAAACAUCAGUGUGAUCAUUUUAAACAGAAGCUUUACAAAGAUAAUAAAAGUGAGAAAGUUUUUAAUCGAGUGUCAAAAUUUAUCUAUCCAAGCUUUGAUAUUCAAGAAAAGAAAGACAAAUGUAUGGGACGUUCAAGAGCUUUAAAUAAAAUUGCAAGCAUUACUGAACACCAGAAAAUUCAUACUGGAGGGAAGUCCUACAAAUUUAAAGAAUGUGUAAAACCAUUUAAAAAUUACUCAAUCCUUUAUCAUAGCAGUGACAAAUCCUACAUAUGUAAAGAAUGUGGUAAAGGUUUUAGUCAACCUUCAACCCUUACUAAACACCAUAUGAUUCACUGUGGAGAGAGCCCAUACAAAUGGAGGAAAUGUGUCAAAGUCCUUAAGUAUCACUCAACCCUUAUUAAACACCACAGUAUUUAUAAUAGAGAAAAGCUCUACAAAUGUAAUGAAUGUGGCAAAAGUUUUAAUCGAAGCUCAAACCUUAUUGUUCACCGUAGAAUUCAUACUGGAGAGAAGCCAUACAAAUGUGAAGAAUGUGAGAAAGCCUUUCAUCAAAAAUCACACCUUACUCAACACCAAAGGAAUCAUUCUGGAGAAAAGCCCUACAAGUGUAAAGAAUGUGGCAAAGCUUUUACUGUUAGGCCAAGCCUUAUUGCUCACCAGAGAGUUCAUACUAGAGAGAAGCCAUACAAAUGUGAAGAAUGUGGCAAAGCUUUUAAUGAAAAGUCACACCUUAUCUGCCAUCAGAGAAUUCAUACUGGAGAAAAGCCAUACAAAUGUAAAGAAUGUGGCAAAGCUUUUACUGUUAAGACAAGCCUUAUAGCUCACCAGAGAAUUCAUACUGGAGAAAAGCCAUACAAAUGUAAAGAAUGUGGCAAAGCUUUUACUGUUAGGCCAAGCCUUAUAGCUCACCAGAGAAUUCAUACGGGAGAAAAGCCAUACAAAUGUAAAGAAUGUGACAAAGCUUUUACUCAAAUCUCAAAACUUAUUAUUCACCAGAGAAUUCAUACUGGAGAAAAACCAUACAAAUGUAAAGAAUGUGGCAAAGCUUUUAUUGAAAGAUCAUACCUUACUCAACACCAGAGUUUUCAUACUGGAGAAAAGCCUUACAAAUGUAAAGAAUGUGGCAAAGCUUUUUAUCUAAACUCAAAACUUACUGUUCACCAGAGAAUUCACACUGGAGAAAAGCCCUACAAAUGUAAAGAAUGUGGCAAAGCAUUUAAUCAAACUCAAGUCUUAAUGUACACCAGAGAAUUCAUUCUGGAGAGAAACCAUACAAAUGUAAAGAAUGUGGCAAAGCAUUUAAUCAAACCUCAAGUCUUAAUGUACAUCAAAAAAUUCACACUGGAGAGAAAACAUACAAAUGUAAAGGCCAUGGAAUGAGGCAAAAUUGUUAAGUAAUCCCUCAAGUGUUAUCAAGCAGCAGAGAAUUCAUACUUGAGAGAAUCCUUACAAAUAUAAAUGUUAAAAAGCAUUUAUUGUGACAUCAUACUUUAUUGAUCACCAGAUAAUUCAGAGUGGAACAAAGCCCUACAAUUGAAGAAAAAAUGUGGCAAAGUUUUUAUUCAAAGUUCAGCAUUUUAAAAAUGUCAAACAUUAUAGUAGGGAUUAAACCCUACAAACGUAGAGUAUGUGACAACACUUUUAAGAGAAGCUCCCACCUUACAAAUCACCACCAUAGAUAUAGUACCUGAGCCCUAUAAAUGUAAAGAAUAUGUCAAAGCUUUAUUCAAAUGAAAAAAUUAUACAUUAUCAAAACCUAAUUCUUGUUAAUAUCUGCAUAAAACCCUCUGUCCAAGAUGCAUAGCUAAUAUGUCAGCAAAAUGUUUAACAUUGAGAAAAAUGUUGACAUAUGAGAAAAAUACAGCAAAGUCAUUGUUUUCCAUAUAUUUCUGAAAUGAGCAUUAUCAGAGAAUUUCUAUAAGUAUAGAAAACAUGGCAUUACUUUUAACAGUUUCUAAAAAUUUACUGGGCAUCAUUAGUUGAUGUGAUAGAAAUAAAGUAACCCUCAGAUAUCAACGUAGUGCAAAUAGCUCAUCCCUGAAAAAAAAUAUUUGUUUAUUACAAAUAAAAACUAAAUAUAUAUACUCAAAAACUGGAGAAAAGUAAUUUUUCCUCUAGGUAAUUAUAUCAAAGGAAAAAUACUCAUUAAUAAGAAUUUUAAAUUUGACUUUUUUCUUGUGGUGGUGGUGAUGAGGAUUGAACCCAGGGCUCUCGAAUGCUAAGCAAAUGUUCUACCACUGAGUCACAUCCGUAGCCAGUGUAUUCUGUAUUUUGUGAAGACUUUGCAAUUAUAUUUGAAAUACUUUAUUCACAUUGUGAAAGAAUUUUAUUACAAAAUAACAGUGAAUGUUUCUGAAUUGUUAACACUAUCAUGUAUUGAAUUACAUUUUAUGAUAGUUUGUAGACAACGAAGAGAUACUGUUUGGUAAACAAUGUGACAUUUCUUUUAAUCCUUUUAGGCAAUGUAGUCAAUCUUCAAAUUAUGUGGAGAUGAUUUAAUCAUUUCUAAAGAAACUGGCUCAAUAAAUUGUGUAACUUAA